CACGUUUCGUUGAUUGGAAUCAUGAAGUCAUGAUUUGCAUUUGGCAAUUGAUCGUAAUUUUAAUAUAAUACGACAACGAAUUUAAUCCCAUGAAAAUUAAAACUUCAUCGCCAAUGGCGUUUUGAUUUUUUCCAUGAGAUCUCCAUAGAACAGAGUUCAGCGAGUGUGAAUAAUUGUAAAACGUUAGAGGUAGUCCUGUUCUAGAAUCGUUACUUGCUUCGUUACUGUUUGAAAAAGAUGCUUGUUGUCGAUAAUUUGGAAGAAUCGUCCCGAUCACAGAAUUUAGCAUCGGGUAGAACCUUGGAUAACAACGGUGAUAAAUUGAACAAGAUCGUUCCAAUGUAAUUUCCCUCGUAUCCUGUACACCCCGUAGUUUUCACUCUUGUGCUCAGCAAUUAUUACGUCAUAGCGUACUAAUAACUAAUUAGCUGCGUGUGUGGGACGUAAUGACGGGACAAUAGGCGGUAAUCACGAUGGGAAGUGCUUAGUUCGACGAUAAAUGCUUUUGCCUCCUUCCUCUCCUGGGGCCACCUGGCCUAUAUUUAAUGUUUUCACAAUGAACAACUCCCUUGUGACGAGGACCAGGGAGUAGAGAUAAUGUUUUAUUGGCUAUUCGUUUCUCUUUUGUAUUUAUGUUUCAACGUUGUUAUUCAACAAUCAUUCCGUAUAUCACUAUCAUCAUAGAUGAAGCGAUAAUAUUUUGAGCGUAUAAUUCUCUCUCUCUCUCUCUCUCUCUCUCUCUCUCUCUCUCUCUCUCUCCGUAUAAAAAGUAUUUGUAAAAAUGUUCUCUCGUGCGACAUAUGACCACAAAGUAUAUGAAUACGACAUAAUCGUAUAUCGAAUAUGAAGAAAUAUUUUCGUUUCUCUUAAUGUUUGAAAAACUAGUGUUUCAAAAGGAUCAGAUCGCGAUUUUGAAUCGAUCACGUUUGAAUCAAUGUCAAUAUGGUGGGGUGAUCUAUUUGGGGAGGUACGGCGCGAUGCGGCGCGACAAGAAUCAGCCAGCGAGGUGAAUCGUGGCCAGAAAAAGCGAGAGCGAAGCAUCUCUAGAACGAGAACGAGUGUCCAACUGGACUCUGUACUCAGAUCUCUUUGUCAUUCGUGCAUUCUACCUCAAUCUCCUUGAAGAGAAGUUUCUUGAACAAGAUAAAUAUCGACGACGCAAACUUUUCCGUUUUCAUUCAGUCUUAGGAUGGCGGCGGUGGAUGAUCCCCUCUGCCAAGAACCUUUAGUGUCCGUAGAGUUUGAGGUUUUCGGAAAAGUGCAAGGUGUAUAUUUUCCCAAAUACGUGAGGGAUAUAUGCCUGCAAUUGAAAAUCUGUGGUUGGGUGAAAAAUAGUAAAACUGGCACGAUUCUCGGAAAGAUGCAAGGAUCUCGAGCGCUUGUCGAUCAGAUGGCACAAUGGUUAACGUCAGUGGGCAGUCCAGGUAGUGAGAUACAUCAUUGCGAGUUUACAAAUUGGGAAACUGUUACAAGGCAACAAUAUCAAGGUUUUGUCAUUCGUUUUUAAGAGUAUUUGUACAGCGCAUAACUGAAUGUAUAUGUUUAUCGUUGCAUUAAAUUCUAAUAUUAAUUGCAAAUU